AUGGCUGCCCACUGCUGUGCAUAUGGUUGUAAACAUAGACAGAUACCAGGUGCAGAUCUCAAGUUUUUUAGAAUACCUAGGGACCCUUACCUGAGAGCAAAGUGGGUGUCAGCCAUUAAGCGAGAUGAUUGGGAGCAACAUUCCAGAAUAUGUUUCAAACAUUUUAUAAACAGUUAUCCAUCCAGGGAACUCUCAAAUCCAGAUUAUGUACCAUCCAUAUUUUCAUACAAGGCUCAACCCAAUGAUUCCCUUCAAAGUAAAUUCCUUCGACAUCAGCGUCUCUUAGAACGAAAAGAAAAUAUUGCAAAGUUGGAAUCUGCUCCAGCUCUGCUUUCAUUGGGAAAUGAACUACCAACAUGGGUACCAGGAAUCUCCACUCAAACUCCUGUUGCAACUUCAUGUGACAUAUCUAUUCAGACAGACAUUACCCUGCCAGUGAUGGAAAGUUUGAUAUUCACAAACCAGUAUCUCAAGCAUCUGUGUGACAAUCAAAAACCAAAUAUUGAUUUUCUCCCUUUUGUUCAGUAA